AUGGUGCUCCGAAUUCCUCACCUGAUCCAGCCAGCCACUGUCUUACAGACAGUUCCAGGUGUCCCUCCACUGGGGGUCAGUGGAGCUGUGGCUAAUGGGGAAAAUGCCUUUCAGGGCCUAGAACCCAAAUUAGAGCCCCAGGAACUAUCUCCUCUCUCUGCUACUGUUUUCCCCAAAGUGGAACAUAGCCCAGGGCCUCCAUCAGCAGAUACAGAGUGCCAAGAAGGAUUGUCAGAGAACAGUGCCUGUCGCUGGACUGUUGUGAAAACAGAGGAGGGAAGACAAGCUCUGGAGCCGCUGCCUCAGGGCAUCCAGGAGUCUCUAAACAACUCUUCCCCUGGGGAUUUAGAGGAAGUUGUCAAGGUGGAACCUGAAGAUGCGAGAGAGGAAAUCAGUGGAUCCCCUGAGCAUGACAUUUGUGAUGACAUCAAAGAGGAACAUGCUGUGGAAUUGGACACUGGCGUCACAAGCGAGGAGUUGAACAGUGCUAGAGAGGUAAAGAAACAGACAGUCUUACAGAAGGAAGAGGAGAGGAGUCAGCCAGCUAAAACCCCUUCAUCUUCUCAAGAGCACCCUGAUGAAGGAACCUCAGGGACAGAUGUGAACAAAGGAUCAUCAAAGAAUGCUUUGUCCUCGGUGGAUCCUGAAGUGAGGCUUAGUAGCCCCCCAGGGAAGCCAGAAGAGCCACCCAGUGUUGAUGGUCAGUCAGUGGAGACUCCAGUUGGGCCAGAAACUGGAGGAGAGAAGAACGGGCCGGAAGAAGAGGAAGAAGAGGACUUUGAUGACCUCACCCAAGAUGAGGAAGAUGAAAUGUCAUCAGCUUCUGAGGAAUCUGUGCUUUCUGUCCCAGAACUCCAGGAAACAAUGGAGAAACUGACUUGGCUGGCAUCUGAAAGGCGCAUGAGUCAGGAGGGUGAGUCUGAAGAAGAGAAUUCUCAGGAGGAGAACUCUGAGCCGGAAGAAGAGGAGGAAGAAGAAGCAGAAGGAAUGGAAAGCCUACAGAAAGAGGAUGAAAUGAUGGAUGAAGCAGUUGGAGACUCAGCUGAGAAGCCUCCUUCUACUUUUGCCUCAUCUGAGACUGCUCCGGAAGUGGAGACCAGCAGAACUCCACCAGGAGAGAGCAUCAAAGCUGCUGGAAAGGGCCGGAACAAUCAUCGAGCUCGCAACAAGCGGGGAAGUCGGGCUCGGGCCAGCAAGGACACCUCCAAGCUGCUGUUGCUGUAUGAUGAGGACAUUCUCGAACGAGAUCCCCUCAGGGAGCAGAAGGACUUGGCCUUUGCCCAAGCUUAUCUGACCAGGGUACGAGAAGCCCUACAACAUAUCCCUGGGAAGUAUGAAGACUUCCUUCAAGUCAUCUAUGAAUUUGAGUCAAGUACCCAGAGACAGACGGCUGUAGAUCUCUACAAAAGCCUGCAAAUUCUGCUCCAAGACUGGCCUCAGCUGUUGAAAGACUUUGCUGCUUUCCUGUUACCUGAGCAAGCUCUGGCCUGUGGAUUAGUAAAGAGGCUCUGGAGACUUCCUCUUUCCCUCUGUGAUUCUCCUCAGCUCAAGACACAGAUGUGGCAGCUCCUCAAGGGCCACGACCACCUACAGGAUGAGUUUUCUAUCUUCUUUGACCACUUGCGCCCAGCAGCUAGCCGGAUGGGUGACUUUGAAGAGAUCAAUUGGACUGAGGAGAAGGAGUAUGAGUUUGAUGGCUUUGAAGAAGUGGCCCUGCCUGAUGUGGAAGAAGAGGAGGAGCCUCCCAAGAUACCCACAGCCUCAAAGAACAAGAGAAAAAAAGAGAUCGGGGUCCAAAAUCAUGAUAAGGAGACUGAGUGGCCAGAUGGGACCAAGGACUGUGCCUGCUCCUGCCACGAAGGAGGUCCAGAUUCCAAGUUGAAGAAGAGCAAAAGGCGGAGCUGUAGCCACUGUAGCAGCAAGGUCUGUGACAGCAAAUCCUACAAGAGCAAGGAGCCCCAUGAGUUGGUGGGCAGCAGCCCCCACCGAGAGGCUAGUCCUAUGCCUGGAACUAAGGAAGCUGGGCAGGGCAAGGAUGUGACGGAAGAGGAAGCCCCAGAGGAGCGGGAGAGCACUGAGGCCACCCAGAGCAGGACUGUCAGGACCACCAGAAAGGGAGAGAUGCCUGUUUCAGGAUUGCCAGUGGGGGCCACUUUGCCGUCCCCUCGAGAAGUGACUCUUACAAAACAGCUCCUCCUGGAUGGCCCACCACCUCAUUCACCAGAGACUCCUCAAUUUCCCCCCAAAACUGGAGCUGUACUGUACACUGUUAAGAGAAACCAGGUUGGGCCUGAGGCUCUCUCCUGCCCCAAGGCAUCCCCCAGACUUCAGAAAGAGAGGGAGGGCCAAAAGGCAGUGGGUGAGUCAGAGGCUUUGAUGCUGGUCUGGGAUGCAUCAGAAACUGAGCAAUUGCCUGGUACCGUGGAACCCCAUGCUUCCUUCCUGAGUCCUGUUUCCUCAAAGACCAGAGAUGCAGGGAGAAGACAUGUGUCCGGGAAACCAGACACUCAAGAGAGAUGGCUGCCCUCAAGCAGAGGUAGGGUGAAGACAAGAGACAGGACAUCCCCUGUCCAUGAAUCUCCAUCAGGAAUUGACACGUCAGAGACUUCUCCCAAAGCCCCUAGAGGGGGUUUGUCUAAAGACAGUGGAACACAG